AACACUUCUGUCCGAAGAAACUGUCCCCCAAUUCCCUCCUUCAAUUGUCUUGUCCCCUCACCUCCCCGCCACCACCACUUCCGCUCUCCCCACGUGAUUCCUCCGCCACCCCACCCACCUUACUUCCCCCUUCCUCCUCCUCCUCCUCCCACAACUUUACCCAUCUUACUUUCCUCCUUCUUCAAUCAAUAUUGCAUAGCCAUUGCCACCAUUCUCAGCUCAAAAUAAAUGUCUUUAACUUGCGGGCUUGAAUGCGUGGUGUUCAUAGGCUUCGCCCGGUGGGCAUGGAAACGCUGUACCUACGUGGGUUCCAACGACAGUGAGACUUGGCCUCCAGCCACACCGGAGGAGUUCGAGCCCGUACCUAGAAUCUGCCGCAUAACCCUGGCUGUUUACGAGACCGAUCUCCGCAAACCCCAAUACGCUCCCAAAGGUGGCUACCGACUCAAUCCCGACUGGGUCGUCAAGCGCGUCAGCUACGAGCAGACCGAAGGUCGAUCCCCGCCUUACCUCAUCUACCUUGACCAUGACUUCAAAGAAAUCGUCUUAGCCAUUCGCGGCCUUAAUCUCGCGAGGGAAAGCGAUUACAAGGUGCUGUUGAACAAUCGUUUGGGAAGGCAGAUGUUUGAUGGGGGUUAUGUGCACCAUGGUUUGUUGAAAUCUGCGACUUGGUUGCUGAAUCAGGAGUCGGAGACGCUGAGGAAACUGUGGGAGGAGAAUGGAAAGGAGUAUUCGAUGGUAUUCGCAGGGCAUUCUUUGGGGUCGGGCGUGGCGGCACUGAUGACUGUGGUCGUGGUGAAUGAUAGAGACAAGGUCGGUGGGAUUCCGAGGAAUAAGAUCAGAUGUUACGCUGUGGCACCGGCAAGGUGUAUGUCGCUUAACUUGGCUGUCAAGUAUGCCGAUGUCAUUAACUCUAUUGUGCUGCAGGAUGAUUUCCUGCCAAGAACACCAACUCCUUUGGAGGAUAUUUUUAAGUCUCUCUUCUGCUUGCCCUGCUUGUUAUUGUUGGUCUGCUUGAGGGAUACAUUCAUACCAGAAGCUAGAAAACUUGGAGAUCUCAGAAGGCUUUAUGCACCUGGGCGGAUGUACCAUAUUGUAGAGAGAAAAUUUUGCACAUGUGGGAGGUUUCCUCCUGAAGUCAGAACUGCCAUUCCUGUAGAUGAGAGAUUUGAACAUAUUGUCUUAUCGAGGAAUGCUACUUCUGAUCAUGGAAUAAUUGCAAUAGAACGGGAAUCAGAGAAGGCUUUAAAGCUAAUGAUGGAAAGCCCGCCAGAGCCAACGGUUCCUCCUAAAGUCCAGAAACUGGAGAGGUUGGAGACUAUUGAGAAAGAACACAAAGAUGCCUUAGAAAGGGCUGUCAGCUUGAAUAUACCUAUCGCUGCAUCAACAUCAGCUAAACCAUCAGCAAACGAAACAUUACCUGGGAAGGAAGAAAUGCCUUCCCAGGCUGAAGGAGAUGAUGCCCCAAAAACUAAACUGACUUCUAGUUCCAGAAGCGAAAACUGGGAUGAACUUGUUGAAAAGCUUUUCCAGAGGAACGAUUCAGGGAACCUAGUCUUAAAGCAGGAAACAGAUACCCAAGAAUAAAAGAAUUUUAUUUUCUCUCCAUCCAAUCUUUCUUUGAAUGCGUUAUUUGAGGCUGGUUUUCACCAAUUUUCAUUUCUGAUUCUUUCUAUUUAUCCAUUUAGUUGUAGAUUCUACAAUUAUAGAAAAAAAAAAUUUUUCCAUAAAUGUACAACCCCAUU